AGCAAUUUAGUCAGGUACACAACAACAAAACUGACCAAUCGCGCACCCUUGUGUUGUCGCCUUUUCGUGUGGUACAAGGGUACUUCCUGUAGGCAGUGCAGAUCCACUAAACUCCACUUCUCUCUCUCUCUCUCUGCCACGAAAAGGUCUGGUCCUUCUCGUCUUUCUCCACCCCCGUCAACUACCGCCAACACAGCCAGCACACACCCACCCACGCCCGCCCGCCCGUCCACCCUCUCCACCCUCCAAUGCUGCCCAUUCUUUCGCCCCCAGCAGAGGACCGAGCACCUUAAAGGACCUGGGUAUCCUCCAAUUUCACUCUCUUUCCUUCCUCCAACCCAACACGAAACUUUUCAUCUUUCCAACUUCCCCCAAAGGCUCGACGCCAGUGUAUCUGUGAUCACACAUUCCUUCAAGCAAAUAAACAAACGCAAAUAAACAACUUCGAGAUAAACGCUUCUCAAAAACAAUCCUUGAUUCGCCAGUCGAUCACACCAACAUCGCACAUACACAUCAAUCAAAACACAUAAAACCCAAAACAAAACACCACCACCCAACAACCGCAAUCAUGCAAUACUCCUUCGUCGCCGCCGGGGCCCUCCUCCUCGCCACCGUCGCCGCCCAGCCCCACGGCCACCACGCGCGCCACAACCGCCGCGCCCCCGCCGUCGUCACCAACGUCGUCGACGUCUACGAGACAGUCAUGCUCACCGCGACCGUCUGGGUUGACGAGCAAGGAAACACCAUCUCCGCCCCCGUGACCGGCACCGACGCGUCCACCGUCACCGGCUCUCCGCGCACGACCGUCAAGCCGGGAGAGUUCCACGAGCCGACACAGACGCAGCCUGCUGCUGUUGUCGUGCCGACUCCUUCGCCUUCUUCUUCGGAGGCUGCUCCCGUUGCGCCGCCUGCGCCGGAGACGACGACUAUCCAGGUCGCGUCGGUCACUCCCCCGGCGCCAGUCGUGCCAACUACCCCCGCUGCGCCGGUUGUCAACACACCCGCCGCGGUCAACACACCUGUCUCUGUCGCCCCUCCCGUCGCCUCUUCCGCCCCCGCCACUGGCUCCUCAAAUGGGGAGUGCAGCUCCGGCUCCCCCUGCUCUGGCGACAUCACCUUCUACGAAGCUGGUCUCGGCGCGUGCGGCGAGACGACCGAUGGGUCGAUUGACAAGGUCGUCGCGCUCCCCCACGAGUUCAUGGGGACGCAGAGCAAUGGCAACCCCUUCUGCGGAAAGACUGUUACUAUCAACUAUAAGGGCGCUACUGUCCAGGCUACGGUUGUGGAUAAGUGCAUGGGCUGCGUUGGACGUGAUCUCGAUCUUUCCAAUGCUGCUUUCGAUGGUCUUGGAAUUGCGGAGAGCGUCGGUCGCACUCAGGCUGAUUGGUACUUCAACUAAGUGCCUGUCCGUUUGAGUAGAGAUGGGAUGGGGGUGGAUGAGC